ACAUGAGCUGAACGCUUCUCUUCUUCGGGUGAAUACAGCUGAGAGGAUCGGCCCACCGAUGGGAUCCAAUGGAGUUCAGGCUCUAAUCACCAACCUCGCCUUGACUGUAGCAAGAGUGUUACAAGUCUGUAAUUUUUGUCUCACGAAAUCGAGGAGAAGUAGGGACUCGGAGUCACCCACGAGAACGGACAAUGGGUCUGGAGAAGAGGAGGAGGCGUUAAGGAGGGACUCUGAGUCAACCUCAAGAGCUGAUAAUCUGUCUUGCGAAGAGUAUGAUGUGUUCUUGAGUUUCCGGGGACCAGAUACUCGCAAUGGGUUCGCCAAUUGCCUCUACCAUCGCUUGAGAGAUGCUGGAAUCCACGUUUUCUUUGACAGCGAAGAACUCCGAGUUGGUGAAGAAAUUGGUGGAGAGCUUUCGAAAGCACUUGACAAGUCUCGAAUCUAUAUACCUAUCUUCUCUAAGGGUUACGCAAACAGUUCAUGGUGUCUCCGUGAGGUUGCGCAUAUGGUAGAACGCACCUCAACAUCAGAUGAAAAGAAAGAGAUACUUCCCAUCUUCUACGAUGUGGAUCCUGAUGAUGUUAAGCUUAAGACCAAGUUGUAUAGUAAAGUCAUGCCCAGGCACAAGAAGAAGUUUGGCUCCGAUAAUUUGAAGCAGUGGGAAAAUGCCCUUGUUAAGGUUGCGCAUAUAAAGGGAUGGGAUCUUAAAGGCAAAGGCCAAGGAGAACAAAUUGAAUCGAUUGUUGAGGUGGUUUGCCGUAACCUCAAUACAAGACGUGUGAUUGUGACUGAUAAUUUGGUUGAAGAUAAUGAUCAGAUGGAAGCCAUAAUGAAAUUGUUGGAUGUGGGCUCUGGUGGUGUACGUUUUGUUGGUAUCCAUGGCAUGGGUGGUGUUGGAAAAACAACUCUUGCCAAAGUCAUGUUCAACAAACUAUCUUCUCACUUUGAACGUUGUAGUUUCCUUGAAGAUGUUCGAGCAUCAUCCCAAUCUCAUGGUGGUCUUUUAGAGUUGCAGAAAAAGCUCUUAAUAGAUUUGGCCGGUCAUGGGAUCGCUAACCAAAUUAAAGAUGUUGAUGGUGGGAUCAAGAUGAUCAAAAAAGCAUUAAGUAAUAAAGAAUUACUCAUAGUUCUUGAUGAUAUAGACAAGAAAGAGCAACUUGAAAAACUGGCAGUUGGAAAAUCUGAUUGGUUUUGUUCUGGUAGCAGAAUCAUUAUCACAACUAGGGACAAAAGCAUUCUGAUGACUCAAGUGGGCUCAUCCAGUAAUGAGAUCCUCAACCAACCUAAAGAAAUUUUGUGUUAUGAAGUUCAUGGAAUGAGAUUUGAUUUAGCACGUCAUCUAUUUUAUAAGCAUGCAUUUAGAAGUAAUUCUGUUGUGGAAGAAUAUGCUGCUUGUUCAAGAGAAAUUGUUAUUACAGUGGGCAUGCUUCCUUUAGCCAUCGUGGUGAUAGGGUCCAAUCUUUUUGAUUGGGGCAAAGAUUUGGGGCAUUUGGAUAAAAGAGAAAUAUGGGACGAGACGCUGAAGAAGUUAAAGGAAGGUCCUUUUGAGGAUGUCCGAGAUACAUUAAUGAUAAGUUAUGAACGAUUGGAGGAUAAGCACCAAGAAGUAUUUUUGGAUAUAGCCUGCUUUUUCAUUAAUACUGACAAAACAUAUCCGGUUAUCAUGUGGAAGGAUUGUGGAUACUUUCCUAGCAUUGCAAUGAGGAUUCUCUCUCAAAGGUCCUUGAUCAAAAUUAGAGAUGAUAAUAGGUUUUGGAUGCAUGACCAAGUUCGAGACUUUGGAAGGUACAUUGUUCGUCAAGUAUAUCCUCGCAAGUUUUGUAGGGCGUGGAUCCAUGAGGAUGCCCUGAAACUAUUGGAGGGAAAAAAGAGGAAUGAAGACGUGGUAGCAUUAAGCCUGACUUUCGAUGGCUGCAGCCGCAGCAUUGCAUGUGAAGAAUUAGCCGCUCUACCAAAUCUACGAUUCCUUCGAGCAAAAGGCAUUAAUUUCUUUGGCAACUUUGAGAAUCUUCUUUUGGAGCUAAGAUGGUUUUCUUGGGAAAUUACACAAAUGGAAUUUUAUGAGGGGAGUUUUCAUUUCGCUAAUUUGGUUGUGCUAGACCUUUCAAGGAGCGAUAUCAAAGACGAUUGGGAUGGGUGGAGCCAUAUCCAGAUGACAAAAAGAUUGAAAGUUCUAGAUUUAACGGAUUGCACAAAGUUGCGGAGGACACCCAACUUUUCUAAUUUCACAUCUUUGGAGACAUUAGUACUAGCUCGGUGUUCUAACUUAUUCACAAUUCACCCCUCCAUUUCUAAGCUUCAACUCUUGGAGACUUUGAAUAUCAAAGGGUGUAGUUCUCUUGGGGAGUUGCCUGAAGAAGUCUGUUCUCUACAAUCUUUGAAGCAAAUUGUCAUGCCCCAAAAUUUUCAACUCAUGAAGCUUCCAGAGAGAAUUGGUAAUUUGAAAUCUUUGUUGAGUUUUGAUUUAAACGAGCACCCUAAAAUCUGCCAACUUCCAGACUCAAUUGGAGGGAUGGUGAAUCUUAUGCACUUAUCUUUACAUGGGUGUGUGGGGAUAAAGGAACUUCCAAGCUCAAUUGGGGAGUUAAAAAUGUUGGUAGAGUUGCAAAUAUCAACGUUAGGCAUAGUUGAACUACCUGAUUCUAUCGGAAACUUAAAGAAACUACGGGUGCUGAUAUUACGUGGAACGAAGAUAAAGGAGUUUCCUCGUACUAUUGGAGGGCUGGAGAUGCUUGAAAGUAUAAACGCCGAUAGAUCUUGGGAUUUGACAGAUAAAAAUUUGGAGGAAAUUGGGAAGCUAUUCCAUUUGACAACGUUGAACUUAGCAUUUACUAGUGUUUCUAGAUUGCCUCCAGAGAUUAGUCGCCUCCAUCUCCAAAAACUCGAAGUGGGUUCGAUUGAGCUUCAACAAGUGCCUGCUCUUCCAUCAAGUUUGAAAUUCCUUGCGGUUCAAGCUCUAGACUUCUCUCUUGUCCCUCACCCCUCAAGCAUCACCGAUUUAGAACAUCUAGAAUUACAAAGAUUCAGCAAUUCAACAAAUAUACCUCGCUCUACUUGGCAAGACUAUCAUUCAAAAGUUGAAGCAGCUAUGCUGAGAGAGCAACCGUCCUAUCAGCUUCCAUCUCGUUUGUCGGCCUUGAAACUCAGGGGUAUCAGUCCACUGCCACAUUUUUCCAACUUAAUAAAUUUGACAGUUCUGCAUGUAAUUGACUGUGCAAUAUCACACCUACCUAUCAAUCCAGGCCUAACACAUUUGAGGGAACUGUUCAUACGUAGAUGUAAAUCCCUUGAGAAAAUACCUGGUCUAUCACUCUUAAGGAGUCUGGAGCGCUUGGAACUGAAGGGCUUGAAUAGGUUAGUUGAGAUUCAAGGUUUGUCGGAACUGGAAUCUUUGCAGUAUCUCCUUCUUUCCAGCUGUGAUCUUAUAGGACAGUUACCCAACUUAUCCAAGUUGGGUAAGCUGCAACAUCUGGAGCUAGAAGCUUGUCCAAAUUUAAGAGCCAUUGAAGGCAUCGAAGGCUUAGAAAGUUGGGUGUUGGAUAGUCAUGGCCGCACUACACUGGAAAGAUUAUUGGAUGUCUCAAGAUCAACUUGGCUUUCCCAUAGGUUACCUAUGUAUGAUGUGUUCCUGAGUUUUAGGGGACGAGACAUUCGUUUCAGCAUUGUCAGUUUCCUUCACUAUUGGAUGUUACAAGAUCGAAUUUCUGUUCAAAGUGAUGACAAUGAUUCAAAGUCCAAUGAAAGUAUUGGAGAAGAGAUUCUACAAGCACUCGCUAACUCCAAUAUCUAUAUACCCAUCUUCUCUAGAAACUACGUUUCCAGUUAUUGGUGUCUUCGCAAACUUACCCACAUGGUAAAAUGCACAAGAGAAUCAAAGGGGAAAAGAAGAAUCCUCCCCAUGUUCUACGACGUGGAGAUUGAUGAUGUUAAACUCAAAACUGAUUUAUAUAAAAGUGACCUAGACAAGCACCAGACGAACUUCGACCACAGUGAAGUGAAGGCAUGGAAAGAGGCCCUAAUUGAGGUCGCAGCAAUGAGUGGGUUCAUCUUGAGAAAUAACAGCUACGAAGAAGUACUUCAAUUGGUUACUGAAGAGAUUUAUAAGGCAAGGAAAUUGUUAGAUGCUGACUCUUGAAGCCUUCUUUUGGUCGGUUGUCAAAGAAAAGGUGACUAUUCAAACUGUUCGAGGAUUUUGGGCAUAACACUCAUCGAAGUUGUCUAUGGAUUCCCCACGAUGAUCUAUUCUCUCUCCCAUGUCCAUAAACUUUUUUUCUGGAUGCAAUGGAAUUUGACAGCCACCCCAAGCUUUUUCAAUCCGUCUUUGUUUUGAUGCAUCUACAUCCGGUUUGUUCAUGGCCUCAUGAAAAUGGUUAAUUUAGAUUUUAUGGACAGAUCUGACAUUUCCCUUGACCAAUAUCUAACAGCUUCCAUGUACUUUGUCAUUCUUGCCACUUUGGCUUAAGAAAUAUUGCUACUUUUCAA